AACCCCAAUACAUCUAUCUUCCCCUCACUGGGAAGCAAUUAGAAAUGUUAUUUCAGACUGAUUUGAAUUGGCAAAUUGGACUAAGUGGAUAUUCAGGGGAACUUAGUUGUCACCUACUAAAAAACAAAUUACUACAAUUUUUAUAUUACAUCCCUAUUAUUAUACCAAAAUAAAUAGUAGGCAGGAACCUAUUUCUGGAGCAUUAACUGUUUUUACUGAUAGUUCAUCUAAUGGUAAAGCUGCUUAUCAUGCAAUCAAUUCAGACCGAUUCAUCCAGACCAGUCACAUUUCUGUGCAAAGAAUUGAAUUAGAAGAUAUCAGGGCUGCAUUGCAGGAUUUCCAAGAGCCUCUUAAUAUUAUUUCUGAUUCUGCCUAUGCUGCUGGCCUGGUAAAUAGAAUUGAGACUGCUCAAUUAAAAUGGCUCAGUGACUGAAGUUUAUUUAUACUAUUUAAGCAGGUACUGCAAAUUGUACAGCAAAGACAAUGCCCCUUUUAUAUUACUCAUAUCAGGGCUCAUACCACCCUGCCUGGUCCUUUAACUAAAGGAAAUGCAUAAGCCGAUCAAUUGGUUGCUUUAUUAAAACAGGCCACAGAAUCUCAUCAGCUUUUACAUCAGCCUGCCAAAAUAUUGUCUAAAUAAUUCUCAAUCUCUCAAUAGCAGGCAAAACAGAUUAUCAAGGAAUGUCCCACUUGCAUGUUAUAUCUGCCUACAGGAAUUAACCCUCCAGGAUUGAUAAGGGACCAUAUCUGGCAAAUGGAUGUAACACACUGUGCUCCUUUUAGACACCUGGGGGCAUUGAAUGUCUCUGUAGACACUUUUUCAAAGGUCCUAUGGGCCACUGCAUCUACAGAGGAAAUGGUGAAACAGGUCAUUAAUCAUUGCCUAGCUGCUUUUGCUGUUAUGGGAAUUCCAAAAAAAUUAUAAAAACUGACAAUAAAUCUAUAUACACAAAUUCAUUUCCAGCAAUUUUGUACAAAAUGGAAAAUUCAACACAUUAUGGGAAUACCAUACAAUUCCCAAGGACAGGCAAUUAUAGAAAGUCAACAUCAGUGGCUAAAAUCCCAACUUGAAAAAUAAAAAGGGGAAUAGUGAUGCUGGAGAAAUAUCCUGUAAAUAGACUACACCAAGCCUUAAUUACUUUAAAUUUUUUCACUUAUAACCCUGAUGGCAAGACACCUAUGGAAUUACACUGGUGUCAGAAUAAGCCAAAGGAAAAUGGUUUGGUUAAAUGGAAAGAUCCUGAGUCUGGUUUAUGGAAAGGUCCUGACACUUUGUUAACCUUUGGUCAAGGAUAUGCUUGUGUAUUUCCAGAAAACUCUUCCAAGCCUGUGUGGAUUCCAGCAAGAAACAUUAAACUCCAACAUGGAUCCGAGAGAGGAACUGACUAGACUAAUGAGGACCUUGCAGAUGGAGCCUCACCCUGUACCUGUGGCUGCAGACAGACAACUACUCCAGCCCCAAAUAGCAGUAGCCCCAAGAAACAUGCUGGAGAUAAGGAAUGGGAGGAGAAUGAGACAGAGGAGAAACAGUCCAGGGAUGACCUGGGGGAUGGUAAAGAACCUUGCCAUGCUAGCAGUCAUCAAUUGUGUGAUGGUGCAGGUUGUCCUGGACAAAGCAAGAGAAGGUCGGACCUGCAUUGCCAUUGCCCACCGUUUGUCCACCAUCCAGAACUCGAAUAUUAUUGCUGUCAUGUCACAGGGGACAGUGAUUGAGAAGGGGACCCAUAAAGAAAUGAUGGCCCAGAAAGGAGCCUACUACAAACUAGUUCCUUAGAUGCCUGACAGCAAUUUAAAAAGGACAUGAAAGAAUUUAAUCCCUUUCACUGGAUCUCCCUACAUCUGCCUCUUAGUAUAACCACUAUUGUCUGUCUCAUUCUUGUUCUUAUAUGUUUAUUUCUAGUCUGCAGAUGCAGAAUCUGAAAAGGACUCAAGCUCUACAGACGUCAUACACUUUUCAAGAUUUAUUAAGAAAACAAAAAAAGGGGGAGAUGUGGGGAGCCACUCACUGCUGGUGUAUCAUGAGAGUGCACCAAGGAACACAAAAGGCUGAUAGACCUUGGUUGUUGGCAGGGCUGAUGCUAAGCACCAUUGUUUGUGUUGAGAUAGUGGUGGCUCGAAGCAAUUUUCUGACCUAAUAGCCUCAAAGUAAAUGUUUACUGGACCUUACUAAUUUUUACUGAUCUUUAUUGACCUUAGAGAUGGUCUGUCUGCCAUCUGUUUGCUGUGCUUUACUGAGGGCAAGAUGUGUAUCUAAAACUGAAUAAAAAACAGAUAAGGCCAGGUUUUGAUGUGCCUCUUCAAGAAACAAGGUCUCCACUUGCCCCCCCAUGCUUUCUAAAUUCAUAUUUCUUGUAUAGCAUUUUCAUUUGUGUGUUGGCCCCUCCUUCAGAUCCUGAACCCCACUGUGAAGAUUACGGCAAUAAUUGAAAAACAAAAUAAAAAUCCUUUACCUAUACACACAAAAAAUUGCAGACCCUCAUACUUCCAGAAUCUAUUGGAUCAGAAUUUUUCAUUUUAAUAAACUGAUGAAGAAUGGCAUUUUAUGAAUUUAACCUAGAGGUGUGCAGUAUGA